CCUCCUUCAACGCUCCCGCAAGACGUCGUACCAUGGCUUACGACGAGCAUGCUGACAUUCUCGGCGGCCCCAUCUUGCAGAUACCAAAUACUGGUAUUCUGGGUCAAUGGUCCCAGUACUCGAUUCUAUUCAGGGCUAGUCUCAUCCUAGCACUUGGCCUAUUGGUAUCCCUCAUCUCACUACGCGCCUGGGACAUAUGGAAAAAAAAUCAGGAAUUGGGUUACAGAAAAGCGAUGCGUCGCAAACAUGGAAUCCCAGACUCGGACUGUCGUCCCUUUGCUGUAGCAUAUGCUGCGGCCACCCGGGCGCGCGCUGAACGUGAGGCUCAGGACAGACUACAGGCUAAUAACGUCACGGAAGACCCUCCGGUGAUAAAUAAUCAGGUUCCGUUGCCAGACGUGCAUGGUUUGAGGCGAAGGGCGGCCGAACCUGCCACAUGUUAAUCAACUCCCUGCUACAAGACGUACCAUUUCUGGCUUUGAUCACAAGCCCAAUGGAUUUGACUUUGCGCACCGAUAUAAUCCCCGACUUCGGGAUGGCCUCCUGCCCCUCUCACGCGAGUCCCUAACGUCUGGGAAACGUUCAUCCUAUCGUCGUGCUAGCAGAAAGGAUCUCGGUUUCGACACGAAUGCGGCA